GCCACACCUUUAAAUAUCUAUACCAAUCAUCUUGUAAAUCGAACAUAACAAUCUAGUUCCACUCUAAUAAAGUAAGAUUACAAGAAAGAUCUUAAUAUUUCUCAAACUUAAUAUUAGUCCAAAGAUGGUUGGGGGAUUAUUUUACAGAGAGUUGUUACCAUUUGCAGCAAUGAUUGUUCUUGAAUUUGGGAACGUUGUGUUAAAUACUCUGUUUAAAGCAGCAACACUGAAAGGGAUGAGUUAUUAUGUUUUUAUUGUCUAUUCUUAUGCUAUUCCUGCUUUCAUACUCCUCCCUUUUCCUUUCUUCUUCAGAAGAUCUUUGCUUCCACCAUUAAAUUCCAGGAUUAUUGGCAAAUGUUUCAUUCUUGGAGCAAUUGGGUAUGAGAUGGAAUUACUAGCUUGGAGACAGUCUAGUAGUCAAGCCAAGAUAUUUGGUACGAUAGUAUCUAUUACAGGUGCAUUGCUCAUCAUUUUAUACAAGGGGCCAUCUAUCAUGUUUACUCCAAGAGAUUCAUCCAUGCCUUAUUACAAGUUACAACAGUCUUCACAAUCUGAAUGGAUCAUUGGAGGCGUGUUGCUUGGUACCGACUACAUUCUUACUCCAGUUUGGUAUGUUGUGCAGGCACAUAUCCUCAAAGAAUAUCCUGCAGAACUAGUUGUGGUCUUCUUCUACUGCCUUUUUGGGGCCCUUGUCUCCGGAGCAAUUUCAUCAGUGACUGAGCCUGAUAGAGCUGCUUGGAUGCCCAGACCUGAUAUAUCUCUGGUGGCAAUACUAUACUCAGGAGGAUAUGAAUUGCUGUCCACUUCAAUUCAAGCAUGGAUACUACAUAAGAAAGGACCUUUUUAUGUAGCUAUGUUUAAACCACUGUCUAUAGCAAUCGCUGCUGCGAUGGGAGUCAUGUUUUUAGGUGAAACUCUUUAUAUGGGAAGUAUAAUUGGAGCAGCAGUGAUAACGCUUGGGUUUUAUUCUCUGAUGUGGGGUAAAACGAAAGAGAAUGCAUACGAAGAGCUAAGCUUUACUGAUCCUGAAUCAUCUUCUUGCAAGACACCCUUGCUGCAGAGCUUGAAAUCUGAAAAUAGUUAGAGAUUCCGUACUACACAUUUACAAAGUCUCAUAUCACUUGAAAGUUGCUGUUAAUAUGGUCACUUGUAAUCUUGUAGAUAUUUUGUGAAUUUGUUUUUAAACUUGAGCUCUUCAAGAGUAUGAAGAGCGCUGUAAGCAUUUCAUGUCGUAUAAUCUUAUGUACAAAACAGUAAACACUAAUUAUAUGAAGACAAGAAAAAAAUGAAAUUGUCUACUAA